AACACGGCUCGGGCAGCAAUUGGUACAGGGACAGCAAACCAGGCUGCAUCUGCUCAGCCCCAGUCACAAGCUCCCUGCUUCCUCUGAGAGAGAGAGAGAGAGAGAGAGAGAGAGAGAGAGAGAGAGAGAGAGAGAGUGUGUGUGUGAGUGUGUGUGUGUGUGUGAGUGUGUGUGUGUGUGUGUGUGUGCGCGCUAGACACAGGCAUCCGCUCCCAGCAUCUCCUGCCUUCUGCAUCCUCCAGCAGCAAGUGCAGGGCUCUGGCUUCCCGGGUACCACCCUCACCGCUCCAUCCCCUGACUGGGGUUUGCACGCGGGGCACGGCAUGCGGUGAGCACCCGCGGCUGGAGAGGGGCUCGUGGCCAGAAGCAGCGGCAAUGGACAUCGUGUGGACUGCUGUCUAGGGCUCGUGUUCCCAGACCAACCCCGAUCCUGAGCCAUGGGGGUGCUGAUGUCCAGGAGGCAGACGGUGGAGAGGGUGCAGAAGGUCAGCUUGGCCGUGUCAGCCUUCAAGGAUGGGCUGCGGGAGCAGCCAUCGACACGGCGUCGGGCGGAAGCGGGGACCGCACGCCAGGGGACGCUGGAGCAGGAGGUGCAGGAGGGAGAGGAGGAAGCGCUGGCAGGACCUUCCCAGCCGGAGGAGAGCAGUGCCAGCAAGGCAGCCUGGGAGCGGCUGCGGGAUGGCCGGGGCGUGGAGCCAGAGGAGUUUGACCGGGCCAACAGGUUCACACCACCAGCCUUCAUCCGGCCCAAGAGGGAGCUCCACGAUGAUGAGCCCCCGGACAUCAGCCUGGAGCAGAGGGAGCAGAUCCUGAAUGACGAGAUGUGUGAGAUCUGCGAGGUGUGGACAGCCGAGAGCCUCUUCCCCUGCCGCAUCUGCCACCGGGUGUACCACGACGGCUGCCUGCGCCGCAUGGGAUACCUGCAGAAGGACAGCGCCGUGGAGGUGACAGAGACAGCGCACACCGAGACUGGCUGGAGCUGCUACUACUGCGACAACCUCAAUCUGUUGCUGACAGAGGAAGAGAUGUACAGCCUGAUGGAGACCCUGAGGAACUGCAAGAUCAUUCCAGAGAGCUGCCUGACCCUGGAUGACUUCCUGCACUACAAACACCAAGUGCACAAGCAGCAGUUCGAGCGGACCAUGCCCGAGGCACAGGAGGAGCAGGCAGCCUUGCAGUUCAAUGCCCUGGACCCCGACAAGAAAGGGCACAUCGAGUGGCAGGACUUCCUCUCCCAUGAGUCCAUCCAGCUGCUGCAGAAAAUACGGCCGCAGAAUGCUCUUCUGCGGUUGCUGACACCCAAGGAGCGGGAGCGAGCACGGACAGCUUUCCUGGCCCUGGACCAGGACAAUGACGGAUUCAUUGGGGAGGCUGAGUGCCGCCAGGCCCGGCACACCUGGUUCCGCAAGCACCAAAAGGAGAUGCUGUCCUGCAAUGUCAGCAUCAGCCAUGUGGGACCCAUAUCAGAAGGCAGCCCCGCCAGCAGCAGGAACGGCAAGAGCCCAGAGAAGAUCCUGCCAGCCGCAAAGCAGGAGGAGACCAGUGACCCCACAUCUGCCCACAGGAGCAUCGACUGGCCCGGAUUCCUGCGGGAGAACGUUGCCUACAUCCUGGCCGCACGCCCCAACAGCGCAGCCCUGCACCUGCAGCCCCUCGCCUAGACCCGGCCGCGCCUGGAGGGCGUGGUGCCACGCCCGCCAUGGUGACCUGCCCCACCCUCCCCCACGGGCACAGCUGAGCGCCGAUUGGCUGGAGGUGAAGUGACCAUGGCUGCCCUCUGCCCCGCCUCCCCCUUGGAUUGGUUGUGAAGAGGAUGUUUGCCAGGCUCUAAUUGGCUGAGGGAGCAGGAGCGGCUCUCUGAUUGGUGUGGGAAGCAGGGCGGGGCAGGGCGUGUCCCCACUGUCCUCGGAGCCCUGCAGGGACCACGGUGGGGAAGGGUGCCCCACUGUGCCCGGGGUCACCAUGGGGCACAAGGGGCAGGGAACAUGCUGCCCCCAUGAUCCCUGUCCCCACAGCACCCAGGCAUCUGCAGACUGAGCAGAGUCUGCUCUGCUUACUUGUGGGGUGACAGCGGAACCCAGAGCACCCAUGUGCCCUCAGCCUCCCACAGCGCCAUGGGACAGCACAGCUGAGCCUCUGCGUGCCACAGGCAGCACCCACAGGUCUGCAGCAAGCAGCGUCUCAGCUCAUCAGCAUGGUGGAUCCUCAGGGGAUGUGUCUGACUCCUUUUGGGGUCUUUCACAUCCCUGCCCUACUCCAACAGGGUUUGGAGCCCAGUAGGUCCAUUCUUGCAUGCACAACUCAUGGCUGUGUCUGGGAGACCAUUUCCUGGCAUGGCUCAACCCUUCCCUGCUGGUGACCAACUAUUUAAUGCCAACAGUUAUGGUGUAGGAAGGAGCACUGGUAACAGAAAGCAUCAGAUGGAUGGGAAGGCAAGGUCAGAUGUAGGGGAACCCCCCCUCUCCAAGCAUCUGAUCUUGGCAGCAGCACUCCCCUGCAUUCCUGAUCCCCUCCUGUACCCCUGGUUCCAAGGGAUGCUUUUCAUUUGCUUGCCGUUCUGGUCCCACACCAGCCCUGUUCAGUCUCGCUCUCUACCCAUCACAUCAAGUGGGCAGCCUUGCCUCACUGGGAGCAUUAGUGCUUGUGGUAAGGAGGAGGAGGCAGAGCCCAGAGGUCCCCGGGUGUCAGCUGCAGGGAUGAAGCAUUGCCUGCUGGCAGCCCUAUGGUAGAUAGAUGCACUCAGCCCACAGAUGAAGGAGCAAGAAGCCCGGAAACAUUGCCCCAAAAACACACAAGGAGUCGAGAUGCCAACUUGCCAGGUCCCAUGGCAGCCCCAGCAGCUGCUCCUGCCCCUCUAAUCCCUUUCCUGCAGCACCCUCAGCCUCUCCCUGACUGGCUUGCCAUGGGUCAGCCAGGAGGCCCCGAGGUGUACAAAGACCAGGGCUGUACUUGCAGCCACCUGGUCACUCCCUCAUCUUCAUCCCCAAUGCCCUGUGGGCAUCAUCCCAGUCAGCCCCCUUCCCCCAGCCAGGGCACAGUUCCCCUCUCCAGGGUCUCCCCUACUGCAAGACCAGGAGGCGCACCAGUGCCACGACAUCUUCCUCUACCACCCUGGCGUGCCAGGCCAAUGGGGAUAUUUUGGAUGCCAGGUCCGAGAUGUGGCCAGAGCGUCAAUGGGGAUAUUUCGGAUGCCAGGUCCAAGAUGUGGCCAGAGCCAUGGCGAGGAGGCAGCCGUGGGUGCAUGGGUUGCAACUCCCUAUCUGUAUUGAGAUACAUUCAUUAAACAGCUGUGUCCAGCUAGCCUCA